AUGUCGGAUGCCAAUACAUCAGUAGCAACACCACCAUUGAAUAUUUUUAAUGGCAGUGAUCCAUCACACCCUUACUAUUUUCAUGCUUCUGACACACCUGGGAUAGUUCUUGUUAACACUCCUUUCACUGGAAGAGGUUUUGCAGGAUGGAGAAGAUCCAUCCUUAUUUCACUCUCAGCCAAAAAUAAGCUGGGGUUCAUAGAUGGUGCUUACCCAGCUCCAUCUUCAACUGAUGUUUCUUUCAGACUUUGGAAUAGGUGCAAUGACAUGGUCACAUCUUGGUUGCUCAAUUCUCUUUUCAAGGAUAUUGCAGAUAGUGUCUUUUAUUCAAGAAGAGCAAAGGACUUUUGGACAGAUCUUGAGCACAGAUUUGGACAACCAAAUGGGGCAAAACUAUAUCACCUGCAAAAGAAAUUAACAGAUCUGGUUCAGGGAUCUAGUGACAUAGCAGGUUAUUUUACCAAAAUCAAAAAAUUAUGGGAUGAACUAGACACUCUAAAUGUUGAUGUUGUGUACAAUUUUGUUUGCACUUGUAAUGGAAAGAAAAAGAUCAUGCAGGUUAAGGAAGAUGAAAGAUAA